GUUUAUCUCAUCUCAAAAGUAGCCCCAAGGACAUUUACCAAGAUGGCGUUAUUUCAAGUAGAAGGCUGGGACAUCAAGCAGGACAAGGUGGCCCUUGGCGGCAAGAAGAAGUCCAAGAAGGAAAAGAAAUUGGACAAAGCAUUCAAGAACGAGGUGGAUGCAUUGAAGCACAAGAGACAAAGAGACGCCGAUGGCGAUGCUGACGAGCACGAUGAGGUCGAGGAAGAGCCCAAGCGUGUCGAGAAGAGUCACAGGGGCAAAAAGUCUGCUGCAGAUGCCCCUGCCAAAAAGAGAAAGGUCGAGGAAGAAGCCCCAAAGGCCCAACCGGCACCAGUGGCCCCUAUGGCCACCGCCAACCUCACCCCUUUACAAAAGAAAAUGAUGGCCAAGCUCUCGGGAUCCAGAUUCAGGUGGAUUAACGAGCAGUUAUACACUACCACCUCCCAGGAAGCCUUGCGCUUGUUGAAAGAACAACCAGAAUUGUUCGAUGAGUACCACCAAGGGUUCAGAUCGCAAGUCCAGUCGUGGCCUGAAAAUCCCGUGGAUGUGUUCGUUGAACAGAUCAAGACCAGAGCUACCACCAAGGCGGUUAAUGCUCCAGGUGGCUUGCCGGGCUUACCUAACAAGAAGAUCGUCAUUGCCGAUAUGGGGUGCGGAGAAGCCCAGUUGGCCUUGGAUGUGAACAAGAUGGUGCAACAAUACAACAAAACCGCCAAGAAGACUAAGCAAAAGAGAAAUGCUGGUCCAAAAUCGUUGGACGUGGAGGUACACAGUUUUGACUUGAAGAAGCACAAUGACAGAAUUACGGUGGCUGACAUCAAGAACGUCCCAUUGCCAGAUGGUUCGUGUACGGUCGUCAUUUUCUGCUUGGCGUUGAUGGGCACCAACUUCAUCGAUUUCAUCAACGAAGCCUACAGGUUGUUGACGCCAAGAGGAGAAUUGUGGAUCGCUGAGAUCAAAUCCAGAUUUGCCGAAUCUGCCAGCGCUAAGUCAAUCAAACCAGAGGAUGUCGGAGCCGAUUUUGUUGAGAAAUUAAAGCUCUGCGGAUUUUUCCACAAAAAGACCGACAACGAUAAUAAAAUGUUCACUAGAUUCGAAUUUUUCAAGCCUCCUGCCGAUAUUUUGGCUGAAAGAAACGCCAAAUUAGAGAGACGUAAAAAAUUUGUUGAACAGGAGACAGAGAAGGAGGAGUUGGAGAAAAAACGCGCUGAGAGACCCGAAGGUGAAUGGUUGCUCAAACCAUGUAUCUAUAAGAGAAGAUAGGCAACCCGCUUAGGUUUCGCUUGCUUAUUUCGCCCAGACAAUCAACCCGAGCCAAAUAGCUAUGUUGGUCAUGUGCCUUGAACAACAAUACAGGAGCCUCAUUUCUCCUUCGGUAGAAAAAUCGAAUAACUUAGGCUAUCCAGACGUUGGGAGAUAAUAUUACCAGACAAUCUUACGUCCACCUGUAGCUAUUCCUUAUUUUAAUGACAAUACACGGUUUUUAGGAU